AUAUCAAUUCAUCAUUUCUUCUUUGCUUCCAAGCCAUGGCCACUUGCAAUGACGAGCAUUUCUGUCAAGAUAAGUUCUUGCUCGAUCCAAAGGAAGCUAGUUUGAAGGAACUCGUUCUUCUCUUAUUCUGCUCUGAUGUAAAAAGUAGAAAAUUCGUUGACUGCUCCGAAGAGAACCGGCUGAGAGAUAUUAAUCGACGAUGGCUAAUUUUCAUCUCGAUUCUUGUGCAAAAAAUCCUUCUUUCUUGCAGGGAAACCAUGGCUCAAACAGGGCAUAUUUUAGAGUACUGUUUAAAUCUUAUCUCAAACAACGGUGGCCCUUUCAAGCUCCUGUUGAAUUUUUUGAAGGGCAAGGUUGUGAGGCCGGAUGAAUCAUCAGCGACGUUCAGAUCUACGGUAGGACAUUCUGACUGGAGAAUAGAGCUAGACAAGAGUAGCAGACCCGGGGAAAUAAAAUAUAACACUUCCUUGUCUUUGAUGGCCGCCAAAUUGUCAUACGAAAACAAAGCUUUCAUCGAAACCAUCGUCAAAGAUCAUUGGAACAUGGAGUUCUUGGGUUCCUACGACUACUGGAACGGGUACCAGGAAAGGGCCUCAACGCAAGCAUUAAUGUUCCAAGAUAAGAAGGUUGACCCAACCUUAAUUGUGGUGGCUUUCAGAGGGACCAACCCAUUUGAUGCAGAUGACUGGACCACAGAUGUGGAUCUCUCGUGGUAUGACCUUCAAGGCAUUGGUAAGCUCCACCGUGGCUUCAUGAAAGCCCUAGGCCUACAAGAGAAUGGCUGGCCCAAAGAAAUUGAACAAGGCAGUGGCCAUUUUUAUGCAUACUACGAAAUUAGACAAAUGCUGAGGGACAUAUUGCGCAAGAAUGAGAAGGCAAAAUUUAUAUUAACAGGGCAUAGCUUGGGUGGGGCUUUGGCUAUACUGUUCAUGGGAGUGUUAGCAUUACACCAGGAGGCUUGGUUGCUUGAGAGAUUGGAAGGGGUUUACACCUUCGGGCAGCCCAGAGUAGGAGAUGGACAAUUUGGGGAAUUUAUGGUAGAUAAGUUGAAAAGGUAUGAAGUAAGGUACCUGAGGCAUGUCUACAGUAAUGACAUGGUGCCUAGAUUGCCCUAUGAUGACAAUCUUCUUUUAUUCAAGCAUUUCGGUCCCUGCAUCUACUUCAAUAGCUUCUAUAAACGAAAGGUUAUGGAAGAAGAGCCGAACAAGAACUACUUCUCUUUGUUGUUGAUACUCCCCAAGUACCUCAAUGCUGUCUGGGAGCUUAUCAGAAGUUUUAUAAUCCCUUACCUCCAGGGCCAGGACUACAGAGAGAGUUGGUUUAUGAGACUGCUAAGGAUUGCAGGAUUGAUAGUUCCAGGAAUACCAGAACAUAUUCUUCAAGAUUAUGAUAAUUCUACCCGGUUGGGAUCCCUUCAACUCAAGGAUUCUCAGCAAGAACUUCACCAAGAGUAAGAACCGUUAAAAUGACAACACCAGCCGUAAAUAAUAACUGACCAAGUCAGCUUUGAUUAUCGGUUCCUUUGCAGUUUAUCUGUUCUUCAAUGUU